AUGUCUGGAGUUCCUGGAUCUGUGAGAGGUGGGCUGGAGCAAAGGCAUUUUCUUCAACUCCAAGGUCUCAUCACCUCAUGGUGCCUGUGGCUCUUCCUGUGGAGUGGUUGAGUGAACAAUGGAAUCUCUGCCACUGGGGACCAGAGUCCCAUCUCCCACACCGGCCACCACUCCAGGAUUUGGUGCACAGCUCUCACAUGCUUCUCUUUGGAUGUUGAAGCCUCCUGAGUGUUGGUGAGACCACGGCAAUGGGGAACACGGCUUCUCCAGAAGCCAGCAGGAGCCAUCGCAUCUUCAGUCCCGUCGGAGGAGUCAUCACAUCUUCCGUCCCAUCGCAGGAGUCAUCGAAUCUCCAGUCCCAUCCCAGGAGUCACGGCAUCUCCAGUCCCACCGCAGGAGCCGACACAUCUCCAGUCCCGUCGCAGGAGUCAUGGCAUCUCCAGUCCCAUCCCAGGGGUCAUGGAAUCUCCGGUCUCAUCGAAAGAGUCAUGGCAUCUCCAGUCCCAUCGCAGGCAUCAUGGCAUCUCCACUCUCAUCGCAGGAGUCAUGGCAUCUCCAGUCCCGUCACAGGAGUCGUUGCAUCUCCAGUCCCAUCGGAGUCAUCGCAUCUCCAGUCCCGUCGCAGGCGUCAUCGCAUCUCCAGCCCCAUUGCAGGAGCCGUCGCAUCUCCAGUCCCGUCGCAGGAGUCAUUGCAUCUCCAGUCCCAUCGCAGGAGUCGUUGCAUCUCCAGUCCCAUUGCAGGAGCCAUGGCAUCUCCCGUCCCAUCGCAGGAGUCGUUGCAUCUCCAGCCCCAUCGCAGGAGCCAUGGCAUCUCCAGUCCCAUUGCAGGAGCCAUGGCAUCUCCAGUCCCAUCGCAGGAGUCGUUGCAUCUCCAGUCCCAUCACAGGAAUCGUCGCAUCUUCAGUCCCAUCGCAGGAGUCAUAGCAUCUCCAGUCCCAUCGCAGGCAUCAUGGCAUCUCGACUCCCAUCGCAGGAGCCAUUGCAUCUCUAGUCCCACCGCAGGAGCCAUGGCAUCUCCAGUCCCAUCGCAGGAGUCAUUGCAUCUUCAGUCCCAUCGCAUCUUCAGUCCCACCGCAGGAACCAUCGCAUCUUCAGCCCGAACACAGGAGCCAUCGCAUCUCCAGUCCCAUCGCAGGGGCCAUCGCAUCUUUAGUCCCAUCGCAGGAGCCAUCACAUCUUCAGUCCCAUCGCAGGAGUCAUCACAUCUUCCGUCCCAUCGCAGGAGUCAUCGAAUCUCCAGUCCCACCGCAGGAGGGCAGUUUGGAGGCUGGGGGAGCUGUGACACACUGAACUUUGACAUCCUCUGACAGCCUGGCCAAAUAGGGCUUCCUUGGUUGUGCAUGUUGAACAGGGACACAUCCAGGGGAAGCUCGUGACAUGUGUUCACUAUGAAUGGUGUCCUGCACGAAGAAAGCUCUUUACUUGUAGACAAGAGCUCCAGGAGCACACAGUGCUUAGAGUUUCCACUUUUCUGCCGAGAAAACUGAGGAGCACCAAAGUCCAGCACCUUCUGGAUUUCAGUCCUAUCAUUAAUGGGAUCAGAUUUUGAUGCCAGCCUUUGAAGAUGCCAUGAAUCUUGGAUGUGAGGUUUUCAGUCCUUGUGCAGUACGAACACCAGAAAGAACCAAGCAUCGGAAUGCUUCUGAAGGGAAGAAGGUGUCUUAGGGAUACAAGAGCAACAUUGGAGAGU